GGUGCCUCCAUUCGUGAGUAGUAACUAACGCGUGCGGACGUGGUUUAUGAGCGCUGCUUGGAGCUUUUCGCGGAAGACACGCAAUCGAUUAACAUUUUUCGCGCUCGUUCGGUGUAGUGUUCGGCUGCUUCCUUUUAUGUUGAUGUAGUUUUUUUCCCUUGUUUUGCGCGCUAGGUGACAUCAGAUUACCGUGCAUCUGCGUCCCAGCAAUGAGGGCCAAGCUGUUGAGUAGCUAUUGCGUGUUGGAAUCUGUCGUUCGCAUACCGGUCCUGUUUUGAAUUGCGCGCUGUAAGAUAUUGCUCACGAAAUUAGAUUUUUAGUGGAAUUGUGCAACGACAUGUGCGAGAGGGAAUCUCGGUGAACGCGUAGUGCUUGCUUGGAAGAAGCGCUCCGUCCAGAUUGUGCAAAGCUAGCGCCACGGAUGAAGAUAACAGCGCUACUGUGUAUGAGUAAGGAAUAUGAAUUCUCGUCGUGUCGCUAUAAAUUGAAGAUUAUCAUAAAGUGUACCGCUUGGAUCGCAAGUGGAAAUAAAAUAUAUCGCGCCAACAGUUUAAUGAAUGGUUGGUGAUUGUGGUGAUCUAUUUUGGUAGAUUGAGUGCUUCAAACAUAAUCAAUCAAGAUAGCGUGCUUUCACUGGCUAAGGAACGACAAUACGAGAACUUCUGGUAGCUCGAGGUGGCAAACGUCGAGAGGAGAAUUAAUUGCAUAUAAUUUGCAAAGGUUUUGAAUAUCAUUUACGGCUGACGUCAAUCGGUGGAACCAUCAGCUGGUCCCACUCAAUUACAGAUAACGAGCUAAAACUAGGACACUUUCAGCUGGUCUUGCGGCUCCCUUGGAUUGCUUUGAUGCCGGUUCAAAAUAAGGGCGACGUCAAGCGUAAAAUGUAACCAAACUACCAAAUGAAUCCUUCCGACACGAAUGAAAGAGACGGCACUACAGUGAGACCCUUCAGCAGCAUAAUAUUUGGUUUGUUUUGGCCGAGCAUUUCGUGCGGCAGUAGGUAGUUGCCGUUGCGGCUGGGCUCAUCGACGAGCGAGGCGAGGAGAUGAGGAGAAGGCAAAAGUGAUGAACAUCUGCUCGUGGCGCUUUCCUCGAACGUUGCUGGCGUGGCUGGCUGGCAAGCUUAGGCCGGCUGCUAGAGCCGGGACCCUUCUUUACCUUCUGCGGGUGAUUGUAAUGUCGCUCUCGGUGUGCCGUACUGGCAGUUCGUUUUAGGUAAAUAUCGGAGACGGUUCAACCAUUCAACCGAUCGCUGCUGCAGUUGUGCAUCGUUCGCUGAUAACGUAACAUGACGGUCGCGUGGUACAACGGAUAACCAAACCGGGUAACGAAUAUACUCCCAACGGAUUCAUCGCGAAACGUGUUCUGUGGUGUGCGGUUUUGGCAACACAGCCAGUGGGGGCAGUUUUAGUGUACUUAGGUGUGAUUGUUUGCAUUUGGUUUACACCAUUUUCUGACCCACCAGGUGCGGUGGGUGUGGACGGCAGUUGCCGACGCCGAACAAUCGCAGAUCGCCACAACUGGUUCAAUUUGCGACCGGCAAAGCCGUUUUGAUUGGAGCUUCUAUCAUCGGGAUAUUCAUGAUGGUCAGCCUCGACGAUUGGAUAUCGUUUUUUGUCUUUUAGAAGGUUUUUGUGGUGCUUUGUGAAAUUGAAUAAAAGCGAUUAAAUUUCUGAAGGAAUAGUGAUUGGAUAAAGCAGUGGGAAAAAUCAAUAUUCAGUGAACGAGUGAUGUGACAUAGUUACUAACACGAGAAUAUAUUACACAUUGGAUUAAAGCUGCCAUGAAUCAUAUGGCACGCUCCAACUUCCAACGUUCCCAGAGCCGUGUCUGGUAUGGGGACAGUGCUUCGGAUAAUCCUUUCUGCGGGGGUGCGAGCAGUGUGAACAAUGGGUACUUCUAUCACCACAAUCAGAUUUACUCCGGCAGGCAGCCACCGUUGUUCAGACCGACCCUGCCGGCUAGGUUUCAGGAGCUGGAUGAGGAGGAAGAGCUGGUGUUGCAGCGCACGCCUGACAAGCAGAUCAAUAGCAAUCUAAACAGUAGCAACGGAAGCAGUAGCAGCAGUACAUCGUGGAAUGUGGCUACCCGACAGGGCAGCCCCGCCAGCCACAAGAGUCAGGACUCCGGCUUCUCGGACACAGAAGGCUCUCCCAAUAUGGCCUCUAUUAACAGUAACAGUAGUAAGAAUUGCAACGAAAACCAAUCCUCCCCGAAUAAGUUAACGCCAAAACGAACGAUCAAUGAACAGCUUUUCCAAAGAUCACCUUCGAUAAGCAGUGAAGCGCCAACCCCUCCGACCGUGAUCCGCCGACCUGCAGUACCAACGAGUGAACAUUUAGAAACCUUCCCUCGGCGAAUAUCUUACAGUGAGCCAAACUCUCCCACACCCAGCGAGGGUCUAAUCUCCAAGAUCGAUAGCCUCAACUUUAACAACACAUCACCCCUGGAAGCUAGUCAGUUGAACACGAGGUUUGAUACGAAUGAAAUCGAUGAUUCUUCGGGCCCUUUGUCAUUAUCCCUGUCCUACCAGUGCCCUUCACGAAACAGUGGAAGUUCCUUGAAACGCGGACGUAUACUUACCAAAUGCAGCCGAGUGAAACGAAAUCUAAACCAGCAGCUGCAGGACUCCGACGAAGAAAUGAUCUCUCUGGAUAGUAGUGAGUUAACUAACAUCCUCAACCAAACUCUGGCACAGGACGUCAGUUUGUCCGCAUUGAAAAUACCCAAAAGCAUCCUAAAAUCACCCGCAACUUACAACAACGAAACCGUAGUUCUUGGAUAUGUCUCCCCAGAAUCUACCAACAACAACACCAACCGAACCGUGGAUCAGGGUGAGGUUCCAACGCGUGAAAGAGAGUUACCAACGUACGCGGAACUCUAUCCGAACGGAACCUCCACUCCAAUCAUGUACCCGCCAAAGUUCUACCGUUCGCUUCCACCAACACCGACACGAACGCAGCGAAGUCCAAUCAAGCUUCGACCAACGAAAUUGAUCGACAACUUCUACGAAGAACCGGACCAGAACCCGCUCAAUCGACUGUCCAAUGCGAACGAACUCACAUUCAUCCAGUACGAAAAUCCACUGCUGAACGGUCACACCCCGGCGGUUCAGUCCUGGCUAGAUGGACUGCGAUUCUCCUGUCAAAAUGAAGUUAUGUCCAUUCUGCAGACUAAAUCGAUUAGUGCAGAAGCUUCACGAAACCUUAAAAUGACCUCCGCUACUGCAAUGAAACUAACUCGACAUAUACAGGCAAAGGUUGCCAUCCUCCAGGCAGAAUUCGAGAAAGUAGAAAAAGUAUUCGCUUCGAUCAAGCGCUAUCAACAGCAACAGGAAGAGGAUGAUGAUGACGACGAGAAAGAAAUCUACCAAAAACUAGCACCGUUAGUUCAAUGUCUGGCGACCGGCAUCUACGAAUUUGUUCAGAAGCAGAAAUCUAACGAUUACUUUGGAAAAGAUCCGAGCGAACGGGCCGACCGUAAAAAGUUUCUGGAGAACGGUCAAUCAUUGGUGGAUAUGACGACAGAUCUGAGGGUCGCCGCUGCCAACGGAGAUGACUUUGACUACAGAUCUGUUGAGGAGGAGGUUCAGAUUGUCAAGCGUUACUUUUUGAUCACGAUCCGAUUAAUUUUCAAAAAUCUGAUCAAGGUUAUAGUGGACUCGAUCGAGGACUCCAAGUGUGAUCUAAUGCUGCGCUCGAACCUAACCUACGUUGCCACAUUAUCCAAUCUCGACUAUCAGGGGUUGACAUCCCUAAACGAUGCGUUCAUCGCAAACGGGACGGUACGCGUUUUGCUGAUCGUGUGUAUGGAUUGCAAGUUUUCUUCGAUUAGGGCUCUGGCCUUACGGGCACUUGCCACCGUUUGCUCGACGACAGAAACAAUUCGGCAGUUGGAAAAAGCUGAUGGAGUGGAAAUUUUACGGGACAUAUUGGCUGAUCAGAGAUCAAACGAACGCGGUGAUCCAGAGCUCCGGGAAGCCGUAUCGGUGUUGACACAGAUAACCGCACCGUGGCAUGGGGAGGAUCAUCGCAUCGAUGGGUUGCGUCAGCAUGUGCACGCUAUCGUGGAAGCGGUGACAGAAAUUGUUGAACGAACGUCCUGCUGCCAAACGCUGCUACUUUGUUCCGCCUGUCUGAACAACCUAACAAGGAUCGAGGCCACUGCCGUGUACUCGCUGAUGUCGCACGAAACGGCUGCGAAGCUAAAAGCGGCCGCCGAGAGACGGGGUCCUGGCGCUUCCGUGUUCCUUUUCGAACAAAUCACCUCGAUGCUGUUCAACAUGUCCUCGAACAAAAAGUCCCACCAUCAUCUGGCCGCCCGUUCGUUGGUUCAAUUUCUUACCGCAGUCUUCAACCAAAGAUUCCACGAGCGGCUCGACAGUCGCGUCGAAUCCGAAGCCCAGCGCAAGACGGUCAAAAACAUUCUGCACAUCCUCUCGCGGCUUAUCUCCAGUGCCGCCAUCGGGUGUCACGACGAUCUGCUCGAGGGAACCGUUUUGCCGAUUUUCGCCCGCGUCGAGCGAAGCCUCGAUAGCGGCAGUGAAUAUUUUCGCGACGUAACCUACCUGAAUCGGCGACUAAACGAAAGUCUCGGUCAGCGGUCGGCCGGUACUGGGGGAGUGACACCACCCGGGCCUAAUGGGUCUACGAUUGUCAGCAUCAGCGGCCGCAGCACCGAUGGCGCCACCAUCAGCAGAACUGCAAAUCCUUACAUAACGAGAUUAACGAUCGAACGACAACCGAACGGGGGCAUCGUUAUGCUGGAUAAAAACCGCCAGGAAAGUUACGUUUGAUUUGCGGUUUCCACUUCCUGCGGACCGGUUGUAAAUGGAUAAGCUUUUAAUGCAAUUGACUAGCGGUAGGAAAUAAGCGGAAUCGUUAAAUUUAUCAGAUUUGAAUGGAUUGAAUGUGUGGGUCAGUCAAAUGGAUAAGCGACCUGCUCCGAUAAAUUAUGCAUGACUGGGAAGGUCCACGGUUGUUCCUGCGGCCAAUCGCCCAAAUAAACCAAUUAGUGAGGAUUACAGUUGAAGUGAGCGGUUACAAUUGGUCGGUGUAAAUAAGAAUGACUAAAACGAAACGCAGCCAAAUCGGCAAUGUGUGCGUUAUCGAAUAUUUUAAUUUUAGUUGUGCCAUAUAUGGAAUUUUCGAUUGUGCUAUGAUCUUUACGUGCAGUUCUGUUCAUAGAUGACAAUAGCCAAUGGAAUGCUGCUAGCAGGAGUUUAUGUUUAACAUGAAAUGGAAAAAUCGCUGCUUACUAAGAUAUGGAGUAUCCAUCGGUUAUUUUUUAACAAUUACUUCUUUAAUAUAUUACUGUUACGAAUUAUUUGUACAUCAUGCCAACGUCAGAGUCUUAAUAUAUAAAUUGAUUG